GCUAGAGAAAUCGAAUUUGUGUGGUUUUCUAAUUUGUUUUCGUUGCGCUUUUUCCUUGUUUUAACAAAUAUUUUUAUUAAUUUAAAAAUAAAGGAAGCACAAACUUGAUAUUAAAAGUUAUUUUUUUCAAACUUAACAAUAGCCAAAUUUCAAGUACCUAAUUUAUAAUGGCUGCAGCAUUUGAAGUUGGCGGCAACGAAGGACCCGGAUUUGUUGGUAUCCGAUUUUGUCAAGAAUGCAAUAACAUGUUGUAUCCAAAAGAAGAUAAAGAAAAUAAAAUUCUUUUAUAUGCGUGCAGAAAUUGUGACUACAAACAAGAAGCCGAUUCCAAUUGCAUUUACGUGAACAAAAUUAUGCACGAAAUCGACGAAUUGACACAUAUCGUACCCGAUGUUAUAUCGGAUCCAACUCUACCAAGAACCGAAGAUCACGCCUGUCCAAAAUGUACUCAUCGCGAAGCUGUAUUCUUUCAAGCUCAAACUCGACGCGCUGAAGAAGAAAUGAGACUUUAUUAUGUUUGUACGAAUCAGAAUUGUACUCACAGAUGGACAGAAUAGAAUGUAAAUGAAAUUAAUAAAUUUAUAUUUUUCUUUCUCUAAUUUCUAGUAAAUCA